AUGUUGUUAGGAGGAAAGCUUUUUGGGCAUGAGUUCCAAAAGAAAAUCGGCUUCUGUGAGCAGAUGGAUAUUCAUGAGGAAUGCAGCGCUAUCAAAGGAGCGUUCGAGUUUUCAGCUCUUCUUCGGCAGCCUCCGCAUGUUCUCAAGGAAGAGAAGGCGAAGGCAGUCUUAGAAAUGCUUGAUCAGCUAUGCGCGAAGCCGACGAGCUUUCUCUUUUUGGAUGAGCCUACCAGUGGCCUUGACGGUCAAGGGGCUGUCAAUAUUCUCAACCUGCUCAGAAGGCUUUCAGGAGCAGGUCAGGCCAUUCCCUGCACCAUUCAUCAAGCUACACAGGAGCAGUUUGCUUUGUUCGACAACGUAUUAGCAUUGAACCCAGGAGGAAACACCUUUUACUUUGGUGCGAUCGGCAACUCUGGCGAGACCACCUUCAAAUACUUUGGAGAUUACGGUGUCCCGGUAGAAGGUGGUAAGAACGUGGCGGACUUUCUCAUUGAAGUUGGCGUGGGUAUUCUGAAGUCCAACGAAAAUUCUCACCUUGAUUUCAACCAAUUUAAACCCGGCUUCUCAUAA